AUGCAGCCUGACUGUGAGCCGGACACCGCUACGGAGGCACACAAUGUCGUGCCUGCCGGGGAGUCCCCUCCACUCGCGCCACCGGAAGCAAACACUCCCACGGCUUCCGCGACCCGCCGGAACCAACGUCUCCGUCAACUGAAACAACGAAUGAACCAGGCACGGCAACUCAAUCAACAGGCUGUCCAAUCGGAAGGACAGCAUCUGGGAUCGAACGGAGUUGCCGAGUCGCAACGCGUCACGGCGGUUCCGGAACAAGCGGUGGACGCGGUACGCCGGGCGGAAGCCCAGGCCGCCACGGCGGAACGCCAACGCUUUCACGUCAACGAUUACCACAAUCCGCAAGGGCAACAUCGCAAUUACGAACGCAGUUUGCGGAGUUUGCCGUCCGCUCACCGAGGGAAUGUGGGUGUGGACGUGCCGUUGUCGACGACGACGACGACCUACGAUCCACUCGAGACCGCCGUGGACCAUCCGGAACGGGAACGACUCGGUGCACAGCGACUCGCGAACGAACUGCAACGGCGGAUCGAAAAACGACAAAAACGGGACCGGAAACGCAAGGAAAAGGAAGACAACGCACCGGACGAUGAAGACGUCGGCUACAUUAACAAACGCAACAAGCAUUUCAACGAAAAAAUCAAACGCAACUACGAACAACACACGGCUGAAAUACGACAAAACUUGGAGCGUGGGACCGCACUGUAG